CUAACGCGCGCUGUUUUCCGCGCUAAAACAUUGUUAAAUAUAUUUUAUUUUCAAAUAAUGUAAUAAAAACUUUUUGCACAAAAUAGUCUGUGAUAAUUUAAUUUUUAUUUACAUAAAUAAGUGUCAAAAUAGUGAAAAUGGCUGAUGAAAAGGGCGACUCGACGCCGUUCAUAAAGAAUGACAUCAAACCGAUCACGGUCAAGACGCCGACAGUUCCGCCGAAGUCAGGAAAAGAGGGGCGGGGGAAGGCGUUCAAGCAGAUCCUGGCAGCGCUGAUCGUGAACUUGGGGACCAUCAACACUGGCAUGGCCUUCGGAUUCUCCGCCACAGCGCUGCCGCAACUCAAGAGCGAGAACUCCACGCUGCAUAUCACGGAGAGUGAGGCUAGUUGGAUAGCGAGUUUGAGCGCGGCUGGCACACCAAUAGGAUGCAUCGUAAGCGGCUACCUCAUGGACAACAUCGGACGGCGGCGCACGCUCAUCUUUACUGAGAUCCCGCUCAUCGUGGGCUGGCUACUCGUGAGCACCGCGCAGAACGUACCCAUGAUGUAUGUUGGGCGACUGCUGGUGGGUUUCGGGUCGGGCAUGGUGGGUGCACCGGCGCGGGUCUACACGUGCGAGGUCUCCCAGCCCCAUCUCCGGGGUAUGCUGGGCGCCUUGGCUUCUGUCGGCGUGUCAACAGGAGUUUUGAUACAGUACGUGAUAGGCAGUGUGACCAGUUGGAACAUCCUCGCUGGAGUCAGCGCGAUCAUUCCCAUAGUCUCUCUGCUGGGGAUGUUCGUGUUGCCGGAGACCCCCAACUACCUCCUCACCCAGGACAAGCAGGCCAAGGCCGAGUCCUCUCUAGCCAAGCUGAGAGGAUCCACCUGCAACCUGCAGGAUGAGAUCCAGAAGAUGAUCUCGUUCAAGCAGAAGAAUCAUGUGGAGCCGUUAAAGAACCCGAAGGAAAUACUGAAGGCUCUAAUGUCACCAUCAGCUCUGAAACCAUUCACCAUUCUUGCGCUGUACUUCUUCAUCUACCAAUGGUGCGGUGUCAAUACCAUCACCUUUUACGCGGUGGAAGUCUUUGAAGCGUCAGGCGCGACGAUGGACAAGUAUUGGCUGACGAUAUCGAUGGGUGUGCUCCGCGUUAUCUUCACGGUGGUGGGUUGCGUGCUGUGCCGCCGCUGUGGACGGAGACCGCUCACUUUUGUCUCUGCGCUAGGCUGCGGUUCCACCAUGAUCUCGCUGUCAGUGUACAUGUACUACGUGUCCCAGUGGCGGGAGCUGGGCGUCCAGCCGGUACACUCCUGGAUCCCCGUCGCCAGCAUAUACCUGUUCACGAUAUUCUGCACCCUCGGCUACCUGAUAGUGCCCUGGGUGAUGAUCGGCGAGGUGUAUCCUACGCAGGUCCGUGGUGUGGUGGGCGGCAUGACGACAUGCGUGGCCCACCUGUCCGUGUUCUCCGUCGUCAAGACCUUCCCCUACGUGAAGGCCGCGCUACACGACUACGGCGCCUUCGGCCUGUACGGCUGUAUGUCCUUGUCUGGUAUGGUAUUCUUCUACUUUUAUUUACCCGAAACAAAAGGUAGGACGUUACAGGAAAUCGAGGACUACUUCUGCGGCAGAACGAAAACAUUGAAAAAGCAAAGUAUUACUUCUGCUGCCUGAUUGUUAAAAGGUUUU